AUGUCCGGCAUCUCGUCACUUGCCUACCAGAAGAAGACUUGUCAAAAGGCAAUUAUCAAGCACCUCUACAGGUACCUUCUCCCACAGAAGUUGGGGCAAUCAGAGCCUGAUGGAACAUGGAUAAUACUUGAAUUCAAUAAGAAUAAUUGUGCAGUAGGACCGGCUUCUGGUUUGCUAGCAGGAUAUUUGGGUAUAAUUAUUAGAAUGUUUAGAGAUAUUCCCAUAAUGUUUGAGAGUUGGAAGAAUGUUCCAGCAGAUACAAAAACAAAGUUUUAUGAAUCAAAGAUAAAGCGCCAUUUUCUUGUGGAUGAUGGGCGUGACAAAGAUUUUGUACUUGCUUCUGCUGCAAGGAAAUGGAAGGAUGCUCGACAUACAUUGUUUCACGAAUUUUAUAGAUGGGAUCUCCCUUUGGAGGAAAAUCUUCAAAAUUAUCCAAAAUGCAGAGGCAUUCCUGAAAAUGACUGGGCUGUUUAUGUUCAAUAUAGGCGGAAAGAAAAAACACAGAAAAUAUCCCAAAAAAAUUCCCAAAAUAGAGCAAAAUUGAAGGCUCCACAUACACUCGGAUCUAAGUCGCUUGCAAGGAAGAAACAUGAGUUGGAAAUGAGAGAUGGACGAACAUACAGCAGAGGAGAAAUGUAUGCAGUUUCUCAUAAAAAGCCUAACGGGUCAUUUAUCAAUGAAGAUGCAUACAACAAUAAUAAAAAAUUACAAGCUGCAAUUAAGGAUUCUGUGUCUGAAAAUGAGGCAUUUCAGAAAGUAUUUGGAAAAGAAAAGCAUGGAUAUGUUCGUAGUAUGGGACUUGGAGUUACACCAUCUCAAAUUAAUAGAUCUACGAGAUCGACAUCUUCUUCUGCAGAAAGUGAACAAAUAAAGGAAAUGCAAGAAGAAAUUAAUGCACUUAAAGAAAAGAAUUCAAAAAUUGAUGAAUUAACACAGGCAAUCAUAUUCUUAACGCAAAAGGACAAGGCGAGGACAAAGGAAAUUGAACUCUUAAUGCAAAUGCAGAAUUUUAGUGGAAGACAGGGAUUGGAAUCACCCGCUGAUGGUAGACGUUCAUCUGAGUCUAGCUACCGUAUUGGAGAUAAUGGAACUUCAGGGGGGACAAAUUAG